AAACGCAGCAAUACUAUAGUAAGCAAGCGUAACUACCUGGUGAUGGCAGUUAGUUCAUUUGAAACGGACUCUUCAAACCCUGAUGUUCCACAAAAGAAUAAAGAAUCAUCGAGUGCAUCAAGUAGAAACUCUGAAACUCCUAAUAAUUUAAAUGGAAAAAAAAUGAAUACAUCAUCCCGUAAGGAACGUAGAAAGCCUGAACAAGAAAUUUAUCGUCCAAAGAUGGGGUUGUCCAGUAAAAAUUUAAAGAAUGAAGACAAUGAUAUCAAAAGUGAGAAGGAAGCUCCUCUAGAUAAUGUAAAAAGUACUGUUAGUAUUUCGGAAAAUAUAUCUCCAAAGUUGGAAAGAGAUUCUAGAACUCCUGAUUCAGUCAAAUCUUGUGGAACUGGGAAAAGCCGACGUCCAACUAUGCAAGUGUAUGUUCCAAAAGCCAAAGUUGCUGCUCAACAACAAGAAGAAGAGAGGAAGAAAAACUUAAAGCAUGAAACUAUAAAAGGGAACAACAACGAGACACGACAGAAGCAAUCAAAUUGUUCAAAUAUCAAAGAUAAUUUGGAAACAAAAAAUAGACAUUCAUCAAAAGAAAGUGAAAAGGAUUUACGUAACCAUUUGUUAUCAAAAAGCUCAAAUUUCAUUGCACCUUCUCAUACAGGUUCCUGGGCUGAUUUAAUGGAAGAAUCUGAUUUAUCCACAAAUCCUAGAUCUACACCAGAAGAUGAUUUGUGGAAAAAUCAUUCUGAUGGCCCUGAUACUGUGAUUUCUAAAAAUAGAGGACAAAGGAAUGAAAAUUCCAGUGAACAUUCAAGGAAACAGAGGAAUAGAAGAAGUGACCACAAGAAGGAAGUCAGAGAAAACUCUCAGGCUCGAAGCAAAGAAUCCUUUCAAAAGACAAACAAGUCAGAUAAUGAUUUAAUUAAUGGAAUGAAAUCUGAGAAACAGAGUGAACAAAAAUCAAAUAAAAAUAUUUCUUCAACUUCAUCUCUAUCCUCUAACAAUAAUUCAUCAGACAAAUCAAUGAGAAAUCUGGAUACUAAUAUUCUCACUGCCAAUAGUAGUCAUUGUAAUAAAUCUGAAAAUAAUCAUUUUAUAGAGAAUAAAUCUAAAUUAGAUAGAAAGAAGUAUGAAAAAGAACAAGUUCUCCCUCCCAGGUUCCAAAAAAAUAAGGCACAAGAGACUGAAACAACUAAGCAUAAUUCUACUAGACAUAGUGGAGGCAUCAUAAAACUUCCUACACAGUAUGAUAUCCAUGAAACCCAACCAGAAAUUUUUGAGCAUAAUUUUAAUCCACCUAAAUUGCUACCAGAAGCUCCAAAGUUUAUACAUAAGCAAUUAUUUGAUCCAAAUAAUCCUAAUAAGCCUGAAAUAGUUAACAUACCUGCUCCUGUACCACCUUCACACAUGCCUUACGAAAGAUUGGGUUCUUCAUAUUAUGUACCCGAUUCUUUAGGUUAUGUGCCUGAUCCUGUUCAAAAUAUGGGUUAUAUUCCACCUCCACAGCCUGCAGCAAAUGCCCAGUUCCGUUUUUUACAUUCAAACUUCCCUUCAGUGAAUAAUCCUAGUCAUUCAUAUGUAGAAAAUGAAGCUAUACCUCCACCAGUACAUUGUCCAGUACCCACAACUCCAUUUUCUCGACCUCAUGGAUGCUAUAAUGAAGAGACUGGAAAGAAAAAAUUAAAACCAAUUGUUGAAAGAAACUUGCGUGAAAUAAUAUUUCUUGAAAAAGAACUUACAGGGUUAUUAAGUAAAGGGUUCACUGAACCAAAUCUAAGUGCUAUUAAAAGUUGCAGGUACAAGUUAUCACUCAGAUAUGAGAAUAUCAUCCUUGCUGAUCCCAAAUAUUGUGCAGAAAACAAUCCAGAGCAUGGUCUGUGGAAAACUGUUUAUCAUCAAAUUAUUGAAUCUCUCCGGAAAAAACUUGAUGAAAAAACUGAAAAUACUAAUAGCAUAAAAGAAAUCCUUAUGAAUUUCAUCAUAGAGGGAACUAUGUUUUACGAAAACUUGCUUGAAAAGCAGCAAGAAACCCAUGGUUUUAAGCUGAAUAAGAUUCUUGAGUUAAAAAAUAUCAGUACAGCUUGCUUGCCUGACCAGUUGAGAUGUGUUUUAAUUAGUGUUCAGAAAAGUCUGAUUUAUUUAGGAGAUCUAGCAAGAUACAAGGAGCAAGUAUCACAGACUACUAAUUAUGGAACAGCAAGAAGCUUGUAUCUGAAGGCUCAGCAGAUAGCACCAAAAAAUGGCAGACCUUAUCAUCAAUUAGCUAUCCUUGCUAAUAGUACAAGAAGGAAAUUGGAUGCAGUUUAUUAUUAUAUGAGAAGUUUAGCUGCAAGCAAUCCUAUUCUUUCGGCAAAAGAAAGUCUGCUGUCUUUGUUUGAAGAAGCUAGAAAGAAGUAUGAGCAAUAUGAAAAAAAUAGAAAGAAGGAAAAAGUGGAAGAAGCAAAUGAUCCAGAAGAUGAUUCCAGUGACCGAUAUGAAAUUUGGAUCAAGCGAGAUGGGUCAAGUAGUCAGCAUCCUGCUGAUACAAGUUUUGAUUCUGCUGAUUUAACAGAUUUAUCUGAUAUUGAUUUAAAUAAAAGAUUUAUUACAAGCUUUUUACAUGUUCAUGGGAAGCUUUUUACCAAAGUUGGAAUGGAAACUUUUCCUGAUGUUUUCAAAACAAUGUUGAAAGAGUUUAACUGCUUGUUGCAAAGAUCUCCAUUACCCAUUACUUCAACUCGUAUAUUGCAACUUUUGGCCAUAAAUAUAUUUUCUGUCUCGCACUCUUCACAAAAAGAAAAUGGCCGUGAACAUGGUGGAUGCUCUCUGCUUCAAGAGCAAGCUCUCUACACCAGCAUGGUUAUGAUGUCUCUAUUGAUGGAUCGUUGUGUCUUUCUUCACAUUUCGCAUAAGUCAUCAACUGAAGCAAAGAUUAUCUGUGAUGAUAUGGCUCAACUUUUACCAGCUGUGAAUAUAUGGACUGACUGGAUGUCUUGUCAGAAAUGUUUGUGGUCUCCUCCAUCAUCAGUUCUUCUAGAAAGACUGAAUAUGAGGCCAAAUAAAGAUGUUUGGAUAUCUUUUGCUAAUCUUCUAACCAUUUUACAAGAAAUAGACUUAUCUGAGCCAGCUAUUUAUGAUAAAAAAGCGUCAGGUAAGUUGAGUCUUGUAAAUAUCUUAGAAGAAGUAGAUUUAGUCAACAAAAAAACUACAGAAUUGGAAUCUUUAGUUUUGGAAGAAGAUAUUACUUUUGCUGGUUUUGUGCCUCUCUUGGAAGCAUUGCAUGAUCCAGCAUAUGCUGAUCCACCAUUUGAUAAGGAAAAAGCUAAGAAUGUGCUGAGAAUGAAAAGAAUACAAUUCUUUGGUGACUAUCUAUGCGGUACUAUUCCUUAUUGUAUGAUGAAAUUUGAUGUUGAAUCGAAGAAGUUUGUACCUUUAGUGAAAGAAAUGUCAUUGAAAGAAUCUUAUGACCGGUCUGCUUUAUUUUGUUCAUCUGAUGAAUCAAGAAAAGAAGAAACAUUUGAUAAGUAUAUUAUGGAAGAUGAUUUCACUAAACCUGAAAUGAAAGAUGAACUUCGAGAUCUAUGGUAUAGGAGAGAAGCACUGAGUAAAUUCAAGGAGCAGCAGGAACAACAUAAAGCUCAAGCGCAGGCUGUCCUUCAGAAUAAUCAAACCCGCCCUAUCUUACUGGAAGUUAAACCUAGGUACCUUGUUCCUGAUACCAACUGCUUCAUUGAUCAUCUAUGUCAUUUUAGAAAUAUUUUAUCAUCAACCAAUUACCAUGUAGUUAUACCUUUAGUUGUUGUGAAUGAGCUCUAUGGAUUAGCUCGUGGAAAUCGAGCUAGUGAGCACAGUUCUCCUGAACAUAUCAGCAGAGUGACAGUUCUUUCUCAAGAAGCCAUCAAUUUCCUUGAAGAACAGUUUGCAUCUCGCCAUCCUCAUCUACGAGCAAUUACUUCCAAGGGCUCCAUUUUGGAUACAAUUAGUUUUAGAAGUGAAGAAAAGGGAAAGAAUAAGGGCACAAAUGAUGACCUUAUUCUUGAGUGCUGUUUAAGAUAUUGUGAAGAUAGAGCUGAAAGAUAUAUGCCUAAGAAUCCAAAUGAUUGCAUUACACUGUUCAGAGAAGUUGUCCUAUUAACUGAUGACAGGAAUCUGCGAAUCAAAGCUCGGGCCCAUUAUGUACCUGUUAAAGAUCUACUGUCAUUUCUCCAGUGGGCCAACUCUUGAAGAUAUUGACUAUAAACCCCAUGAAUAGAAUCCACAAAAACCUGCUCUAAGCAGUGAAGUUACUGCAAAGAGGGCUAUUGUGAAGCUGCAGUCGUGCUAUUGCAGUUCUGUGCCAUUUAAGGUGAUGACAAGAAUGGAUGCAAUGAAAACAGAAACUAAACAGUUUUCUGUGAAUAUUUCCUUAUGAAGUUACUAUUCCUUUUACACCAAUUGACAACUUAUAUAUAUAUUUUAGCCUAUGAGUACAAUAUCUAGUAUCAGUGUACAAUUAAGGAAGUAUGAUAUAUAUUUUGCAACUGUGUCCUAUGCCAUAUUUUCACCUUUCAAUCAAUUCAUAAAUUUUUUUUGUAUAGAUACCUGAUUUUUUUUUGUUCUGUAGUUGUGUGCCAUGUUUCUAAAAUUAUUAUUUUUGCAUUAUUUUUGUCAUGCUGUUUUACUUAUAAUUAAUAGCAUUGUUAAUAGUUAAGCUACAUAAUUCAUAUCUUUUUAAAUAUAUUGUGAUUUUGCUAAUAGUAGAAAUUCUACAACAUUUUAUAUGAUAUUUCUGUCAUGCGAUGUUUUAUUAUAAUAGAUACAAGUUAUUCAAAAGCAAUUUUAAAGGUUAAAGAAUUUUGCUUUGAAUAAAUACAUCAAUAUGAUUUUAAAAUGUAAAAAAUUGCCGUUGAUUUAAAAUAUAAUAAGAUUUUUUUAAAUUUAAGUUAAUCUUACUUUUAAAUUAUUAGAAUCCUUUCCUUGGAUUAGGUUAGGUAAUUGCAAGGUUAAUCAAGACUGGUUAAUGAAGUUAUCAAAGCCAAAACAUUCAUCUGGUCUUUAAUUAAUAAGCUAAAUAUAUUUUUUGUUUCAAUUUCUUUAGGUAACAUGUCUUAAUAUUAAAAUUGUAGCAGGUCUUAUGAUUAAUUACUGAAGUAAGGAAGUUAAAUAGUAUUUUAUUGAACUUAUAGUUUAUCUAAAUUAUAUUAUUUUUUAAAUUAUAGUAUCAACCAUUUUGGAAAAAUUUGCUGAAUAAUUUUUGACAGUAUCCUUCUAAUCUCUGUGAUCAUUGAAUAUAUUUUUUCCAGGAAACAAAUUAACUUUCAUUUAAUACUUUUCAAUAAAGAGUAAUUUUUAACAGCCAAUAAUUAGAUUGUUUUCAACCGCUUGUAUUUUCACUUGUCGUUUACAAAUUAUUUAUUAGUUUUAAAUAAGUACUAUUCAUUUGAUAACUGGAAGGAUUUUAAAAACUCAGCAACUGAAAAAAUAGUUUGCAAAAAAAAAAAAAAAAAAAAAAAAAAACCUCGGUAUAUUAAACAUUUAUUAAUUCCACCAAUGAAUUUUUAGUGGUUAACUUUAUCAUCAUCCAAUACAGAAUGUUAUCAGUUUUUGUACUAAAUUAUAAUGAAGCAUUUUGUGAUAAUUCAAUUUAAACGUAAUGUUUUAUGCAUUAUUAAUUCUAUUGCAUGUUAAGAGUGAAAAAAUAUUCCUUGUAGCUUAUAUUUAAAGUUUAUUUAACCUACCAAGUGGCCAGUUAUUUUGAUUUUAUGACUUGCAUCUGUGAGUAAUUGGAUUUUAAAAUAAAUUAACUGUGCAUUUUGGAGACUUUUUUAAUCCAAAAAUUGUAAAGAAAAAUUGUAGCUUGUUUAUCGUCUUCUAUUUAGAAACUGAAUGUUAAUCUACUCUCAGAAAACGUGUUACGGCCAUUUGGGGGAUUAGAAUUCUAUGACUAGUUGCAAUCAUAUUUCAUCUUCUCUAUUUAUAAUUUAUGUUGAUGUUAUUAUAUUAAAUAAGUAAUAUCAUGCCAUUUAUUUUUACUUCCUUUCAUUGUUUACGAUUUUCAGCAUCUUUUAUAAAUGAAAUUUAGAAAAUUUUUUUUGAAGGUCUAUAAAAUUUGGAUAUUGAGUUAAUUCAGUAUUUUAUGAAAACGUAAGAAUGGAAUUGUUUAUCUAAUAUUCGAUUUUUAUAGAAAGCUUCUGUGAUAAUUAAAAGUCUGUCUUUGAAAUUUCAGCUUUCUUAAAGAAAAUUAUUUGUUGCUUAUUAUUAUUGGGACCAUGACUUUGAAUUAUUGUGUAUAAUAGUAAAUUUUUUGUGGUUAUACUCUAGUGAUAUUUUAUUUAUAAUUAAUUAAUGCAAUGAAAUAACUAUGUGAUCAUGACUUUAUUGGAUUAAUAGAUUCAGCUGUAAAUAGCGUAUCAUUAUUAAAAAUAUAUUUAAGUUCUAUAAUUUAUGUUUCCAGAUUAUUGUUUUACAUUACAAAGAAAGAUUUGCAAUUUCAGUUUAAUAUUUUCCCCUUUUUUAUGUAUGCACUUCAGGAGAACUUUUUUUUAGGUCACAUUUAUGUGGUUUUUGUUGGAUUGCUUUGGUUUUUAUAGUGGUUAUUGUUUUAUUAAGGUGAGCACGAAUGUAUCUAACAUGCCUGUUGACCUUUUGAUUUUAUUAUUUUUUCUGUUAGAGAAAUCAUUGACUUUCUUUCUUUUCUUUUUUUUAAAUGUGAAUGUUUAUCCACUGAUGCUUUGUACAAUGCAAUUAAUUGUAGAAAUUAGACAAAGUGAUUUUUGUGUCUCUGUGUUAAGUACUUAUAUAUUUAUGUAAUUAAAUAAAUACUGCUGUACAAUAUGCAAAUCUUUUAACUACAUAUUGCAAACAAGAUGUAAUGUGGUCACGAACAGUAUUUUAAUUGAGGUUUAUUAGAUGCUUUUGUGUAAACUUAUGGUGGUUGUUUUGUAAAUUUCAUGCUAACUGAAUAUUAUUUAUUGGGUCUUUAAUACAUAAUUUUUAAUUUUCCAUUCUCUACUGUAACAUAUAUAUAUGCUUCAGAAAAGUUUAUUUUUAAAAUAUUGCAAACAUUUGUAGUCUUUUACUAUUUAUUUGACCGAAGAUAAUGUUAUUGUUAUAUCACUAAAUUAUUAUAAGAAUUACCGAGUGAAAAUUUUCAUUUUUAUUGGAAGACUGUGUACUUAGGCUGCUAAAACUGUGAUGUUUCCUCAUGUUAUUUACUAUAUAUCUGUGAUUUAUUUAUAUUUUACUGUGAAAAAGUUAUUUGAAUGGUUUGACUGAAAAUUCUUUUAAUUUGUGCUUAUAAAAGUAUUUAAUGAAUGUUGAUUUUAACUUGUAUGUGAGGCUUUCCAUCAUUUAUAUUCAGAACUUUUGAUUAGUAUAGUGUAAGGUUGUCUGUCGUGUUGCAUUUUACCACAGGAAUUAUUGUAGUGAAAAAUUAGUUAUUACAGUAAUUACCUUUAAUUCUGCACAAUUACAUUUUAUGUAUUAGCUGUUCUUUUUUGCACUGUAAAUAUUAAAUUGUGACGUCCAUAUAGAUUAUCAGUACUUUUCCCUUUUUUUAGUAUUUGUUGAAAGGCCCAGACUGUCAAUUUAAUGUUUUAAUAUUAAAUUAGAUGAACUCCUCUAAAAACAUAUUUUUAAUUUUAAAAGGUUAAAUAUUUUAAUAUACAAAAUUAUAUGUAUCAUUUUUGUAAUAAUUUAUUGUGAGGUACUUUAAACAUUAUUAAGAGCACUGAACUUAAUAACCGAAAAUCAGAAACAUUUCCCUUGAAUUAAAAUUUAACCCUUUUAGUGUCAAUCAAAAGUACUGUAUUUUUAUGUGAAAAUACCAAACCAGUUUUACGAAUUUACUAAGGUGUGACAAAUAAUAAUAAUAAUAAUUGGAAAUAAUAUGUUUUCAUAUGUCAUUUCAAUAUUUCAUAUUAAUUUCAAUAUGUUUUGAAAAUGUAAGAGGCCAUUACAUACAUAAUUAUAUAUUGUUGAUGGCAUUUUUAAAUGAUAAUAUAUCGUUGUUCGACAUUAUAAAGGUGAAAUGAAUGAAAAUUCCAAAAUGAAUAUAAGGUAAAAUUCUUUUAUAUCUUAAUAAUAAUAUUUUAAAUCCUUACAAACUCAGUUAAAUAAAUAAAUACAAACCAUACCUGUGAGCAUAUUGAGAAAAGCUAAAUUCAGAUAAAUAAAUACUUAUGAUUUUGCAAAACAUUUGUGUACAAUUUAUAACUCAAAUCUAAUAUAACUUACUCAUGUAGACAUAAGCAAUAAUAAUUGCAUAACAAAAAUAUAUUCAAAAUCAUCACACAUUUUAACUUGAUAUGUUUUCUAUCCUUGAAUUAUUAUUUUUAUCUAGCAAAACAGUUUCUAAUCUAUAAUAAUGAGCAAUUCUUUGUGAUCUUUAAAGUUAUUCGUUUGCUGCAAAAUUGAUUUUAAAAUAAUUUUAAGCAAAAACAAUUCAUUGAACUUCAGUAGAAAAUACCUUGCAUGAUAAGAUGCUUCUUUGAUUAUUUCAAAAUCUAAAUGACAACCAUAUACAAAAACAUAGAUUACUAUAAGAAAAAGUUUUCCACCUAUUUAAUUAUUUACAACUUGGAUUUCUAAAAUGUUCAUUUCCAUAAUAAAUUAAUUUUUGCAAAGUUUAUAUUUUACCUCUUUCCAAUACAAGUUAUUACUAUUAAAAAGAUGAAAAAUAAAUAAAUAGAAAUUAUCCAUGUUUAAAAUUUUGUUUCCAUCAAAUCAAUUUAAAUUAUUCAUUCUGAUUUUAUUGCCGUUAGAAUAUAAAUUUAAAUUAUAACAUUGUUGAUUAUUAAAACUAUAUUAUCCAAAAAUAGUAAAAUAUACUUUUUGAAAAUAUCUGUUUGUAUCAGUGGUAUAUUAUAUUCAAAAAGAGAUAAAAGAGUGGGAAAAAUUAAAUUACCUGCUUUAUCAUAUGGUAAUAAAUUAAGUGAAUGUAUAGUAAAAUUCAUAAAUGCCCAAUUUUGACUUCCUAUAUACUGUUCCCAAUCCAUUUAUAUGUUGCAUCAUUGUACUACUUUUACAUUACGUGAUUUUUUUUUUUUUUUAAAUCAGUAGAACAGUUUCAUACUAUAUCAGCAUAUCAUGUCUAUAGUUCCUCACAUUUAUUUUUUAAGAUCAUCAUUACAUAGUAUAUUUAUCUAUAUGUGACAUUUCUUUUUAAUAGUUUAAUUCGAUCAUAAAAAUGACAUAGAAAUCAUUGUAUUUUUAGUUGCCAAAUUUCUUGUAUUGUCAAGUUUGCGAUUUAAAAAUUUUAAUUAUUAACGUGAUUCAUUGAAUAAUAAAACAUGUUAUUUUUAACUUAUUCUAAGCACAUCAUAAGUUUUAAUGUCAAAUAUAAUCUCAUCAGUGCCUUGCUCGAUGCAAAUAUAAACGAAAGGAAAGAAAAAAUAAUGGAAAACUAACCCACUCUUAAUAUUACUAUGCAAUGAAAAAUGACUUAACUUUUCUAUUAAAAUAUAUUUUUUAUCAAUAAUAGUUUAUAUACUAAAUUACCCGUAUUGAUAUUUCUACACUUUUAAAAAUAGAAUGGAAUUUUCGGGUAAUACUAUUUCAAAAGAUAUCUAUGCAAUCUUGAAAGAAAAAUGUGUAUGAGGUGCCUAUGUAUGUAAUUACUAUGAAAUAGUGCAUGUUUUAUAUCAGCUAUGUUUUAUCAAUUUUUAUUACCUCUUCCACACUUGUUAUAUUGUUAAACUUCAUUGAAUUAUAGUCAUAUGACUGCAACUCUAAUUAGGAGUAUAUACAUACAGGAAGUACAGUUGUAUUUCUGUGUAUGAGACACAAAUGGGUAAACUCAAAGAGUAUUUAUAGUGUUUUGUAUUAAAAUUGUGUUUAUUUUUCAAAAUAAAAUAUAUUUGAUCUA